AUGGAAUCUACUCAGGAGGUAAAGAAACCUCCAGCAAUGCAACGAUUCCAGGAAUACCUGGGAAGGACGUUAUCCUUCAACAAAAUUGUCUGGCUGUUUUUUUAUGUAAAUAUGCUUAACUAUAUUGAAAGAUUUAUUAUUUCCGGAAGCGCUGUUGAGAUAGAAGAGUUUGUUGAGCAAUCUGUCCAUGGUUCAAAGGAUACUUUUCUGGGAUUGUUGCAGAGUGCGUUCAUCUUGGGUUUUUCGAUCGCCUGCAUCAUUUUUGGAUAUGUUGUAAAGAGCGAUUCACCAUUUUCAAUUGUUUGCAUUGGUUUGUUGGUCUGGACGGUAGCAUCGCUCGCUAGCGGUCUUGCUUUCAACUACUGGAUGCUUCUGUUUGCACGACUGUUUAGUGGAGUGGGAGAAGCUGCUUUUCAGAUUGUCGUUCCCACAUUUAUCGACGAUUUCUCACCAAAAGACCAUGUGGGAACGUCGAUGUCGCGCCUGUAUAUGGCCAUUCCAGUGGGAACGGCAGUGGGCUACGGUCUUUCUGGCUUUGUGGCCGAGUAUUUUUCCUGGAGAAUCAUGUUUCUCGUUUCUGCUCCUCUCAUGAUUCCGUUCAUUGUGGUGUUACACUAUUAUCCAAUCAGCGUGUUGAGGGAUGCGAAGAUCUUGAACAAUGACUUUGGAGCGGAGGAGCCGAGCGCUCUUUCCAAUCCGCAGAAUGAUUGUUCUCCCUCGAAGGAAUCCACUGCCGAGGCGAAUCAAAAGCCUUUGGAUGAAAGCGAAAACGCUAAACUGUUCGAGAACCAAUCGCCGAUGCCUGGCAAAGCGGAGGUGCGCGUGGAUCCCGAAUCCAUGAACCCCAUCGAAAACGAAAAAGCGAACGAAACCACCGAUCUCACCCUUGAACAAAGCGAAACCUUCAUAAACGAUCUCAUUUGCAUGAUUCGCACCCCCACAUUCAUUCUGGCCGUCCUGGGCGAGGCCAUUGCCGUCUUCAUUUCCACCGGCUUCACCUCCUUUGGCAAUAUUUUCCUUGUCAAUCUCCACAUGUUUGAGUCGGAAAGCAUCAGCUCCGUGAUGAUUGGCUUUGUGGGAUGUAUGGCUGGCAUCGUCGGCGCGUCGCUUGGAGGCAUCACACUGAAUUGGGUGAUGAAACUCCGCGAUUCAUACACAGAUCUCUUCAACUAUUACUCUCAUUUAACACUGUACUAUUCGAAAUAG